AUGCCCCAUUUACACACAAAAAUUUCUCUCAAAAAAAUUUUUAGACGCCCAAUAUUUUAUAUAACGGUAAUUGUAGUGCCUAUAUUCCUUAUUUCGACAUUGUCAAUUCUUGGAAUUUUCACACCUGGAUCGAGUGAUGGACCGAGAGGGGAAAAAGUCUCGUUGGGAUUAGGAAGUUUGUUGGCUAUGACUGUGCUGCUUGGAAUUGUUGCUGGGGCAAUGCCCAAAUCAAACUCAAUUCCCCUUUUGGGCGUCUACAUACUUGUCGUCAUCCUUCUCUGUGCUAUAUCGGUAGCCAUUUCAAUGGCAUUUAUGGCUUCUUCAAAGCGUUAUGUAGAAGGGGCGCGUAUCCCCAGUCAAUUAACAUAUAAACUGUCUUUGGUUAGGCCGAGGAUAAAAAGAACCAAAGACUUGAAGAGGAUAAAUAAAGAAGAGGAAGGGGAAGGAUUAUUGUUAAAUAGAGGAAAGUCGUUGAGAGAACAAUUGUUUAUUGGAGGAAUUCGGUUUACCGAGCCUUAUAUGGAAGAAGAGGGAGGGGAGGGAGGGGAUUGUGAAGAAAAUAAAAAUAAUUAUGGAAGUUUUGGGGAAACAAAAGAAAGAUUAAACAACAAAAAUGGGGUAUUAAACAAUAAUAAUCGUCGUCUGUCACCUAAACUUGAGGAUAAUUUUAAUGGUGAUAAUAAAAAGAGAAGGGCUACAACGACAAAUAUUGAUAUAUCCAAUAUUCCACUAUUUUUUGAACAUCUUACAAUAGAAUUAUCUACAAUUAGAACAAUGCUUGGAUUUGUAGUAGAAACUCAGAGAGGCUUUAGAAAGAGACUUGAGAAAGAUAAAACUCGUGAAAAGAUUGAAUCUGAAUGGGCUAGAAUAUUUGUAAAAUUGGACUAUGCUUGUCUUAUAAUUUUUCAAUUUUUAAAUCUUAUCAGCUUACUUGUAUUUCUUAAAUUUGCAUGGACAGAUUCGCCUAAAGAACCAGAACGUCAAUUAGUUUAA